AGCUAUUUAGUUUAGUUUUGUGUUAAGUUAAGAGCGGUCCUAAUUGGGCAUAACAAUGAUGCAGUUUAGUAAAAUACUGUUAGUUGGGAAUUUAUUUGCAAUAUUAACAUACGCUGCGGUCGUUCCUAAUUCAGAGUUUAGUGUUUUAAGUAAUGAGAAUAAUUUAAUUGAUGAUUCUACAAGCAAAUGGUGGCAAACUGCUUCGUUUUAUCAAAUUUAUCCAAGGUCCUUCAAGGAUAGUAACGGUGAUGGUGUCGGUGAUUUGAAAGGUAUCACUGAGAAGUUACCUUACCUAAAAGAGAUUGGUAUCACAGCAACAUGGUUAUCUCCCAUUUUCACUUCUCCUAUGGCUGAUUUUGGCUACGAUAUCUCAAAUUUUACAGAAAUUGAACCUAUGUUCGGAACUAUGGCGGACUUCGAAGACUUAAUCAAGAAAGCUAAUGAAGUUGGAGUGAAAAUAAUCUUAGACUUUGUUCCAAAUCAUUCUAGUGAUGAAUGUGAAUGGUUCGUAAAGUCAGUAAACCGUGAUCCUGAAUUCGAGGAUUUCUAUGUUUGGCAUCCUGGACACAUUGUAAAUGGUAUUCGAAAACCUCCAAGCAACUGGGUUAGUGUUUUCCGUGGUAGUGCAUGGGAGUGGAACGAAAAACGUCAAGAAUAUUAUUUGCAUCAAUUUGUGGACAAACAACCUGAUUUAAACUACCGAAAUCCAAAAGUCAGACAAUAUAUGAAUGAAAUUCUUCGAUUUUGGUUAAAAAAAGGCGUUGCAGGGUUCCGUUGCGAUGCUGUCCCAAACGUUUUUGAAGUCGCCCCAGAUGCCGAAGGUAAUUAUCCCGACGAACCUGUUAACGAAUGGGUAACUGACCCAGAGGACUAUGGAUACACAAAACAUAUUUAUACUAAUGAUCAACCAGAGACAAUAAAUUUGGUCUAUGAGUGGAGGCAGGUUUUGGAUGAUUUCAAAGCUGAGCAUGGAGGGGAUGAUAGGAUUCUUAUGAUUGAAACAUGGUCUGAAAUCGACAUUGUUAUGCAGUACUAUGGCAACAAAACUGCUGAGGGUGCUCAAAUUCCAUUCAACUUUCAAAUGAUAUCUCGGUUGACCAGUGAAUCUGAUGCUUAUUACUAUGCUGAAACUAUUAAUCUUUGGAUGGAUAAAAUGCCCAAAGGUCGAACAGCGAACUGGGUUUUGGGAAAUCAUGACAAGAAACGAGUUGGAACUCGCCUGGGAGCUAAGCGCAUUGAUCUUCUUAAUAUUUUACUUUUGUCUUUGCCUGGAUGCAGUGUCACAUAUCAAGGUGAGGAAAUCGGCAUGACAGAUGUUUGGAUAUCCUGGGAAGAAACCGUAGAUCCACAAGCCUGUAACGAUGAUGAAUCUGUGUAUUUGGAAAAGUCACGUGACCCUUGUCGGUCACCAUUCCAAUGGAGCGAUGAGAAAAAUGCAGGAUUUUCAACUGGUCCAAAAACUUGGUUACCAAUCUCAGACAUGUAUCGUGAUGUGAAUGUAAAGAAGGAACGAGGAGUUGCCCAUAGUAAUCUUAAUGUAUAUAAAAAAUUGCAAGCAUUACGUCGUGAUCAAACCUUCAAACGCGGUGACUCUGAAGUCAAGGCUGUGAAUAAAAAUGUGUUAGCUAUCAAAAGGUCACUAUCAAAUAACUUUACUUACGUAAUAUUACUAAAUAUCAACGAAACUGUUGAGUCACUUGACUUGAAUUUAGUUUACCCUGGUUUGUCUGGUGAAAUGGAAUACGUUGUAGUCACUGCAAAGUCUGUACGACGAAUUGGAGAAAGAUCCCCCACCGAUCAAAUUAUAAUGCUGCCAAAUGAAUCAGUAGUUUUAAGAACAGUCAAGUGAAAGCCAUUAACACCGUGUUUAACAAUAUCAAUUAAUUUCGUUAUGAAUAAAAUGUGUUGAAAAAUGUGAAAUUUAAGAAACAUAA